AUGAAGUCUUCCGACCUCCUUCGAUUACCUCUUUUCCUUACUUCAUUAACAUUCCUCUUUCCCUUGACUGCAGCAUUAGGCCAAAAUCCAACGAUUACAACGACAAAGCCGACAAAUGGAACAUCUUCGCAUUUGCAGAUUGCUGGUAAAGGACUCAAUGCGCAGAUAUUGUUAAGUAAAGAAGAAUGGUGGGGUGUCUUGAGGGUAGCGGAGGAUUUGGCUGGAGAUUUGGGAAAGGUUGUAGGGGAAAACUUGACCUUAGCUUAUUGGGAUGGUAAUUCUGGGCCAGAUGCUUCGAAAGUGGAUCCUGGUGAUGAUAGCAAUGGCCGACCAAAACUGCCUCAUCAGGGAAGCGGACGGAACAACGGUAAUGGAGAAGGAGGAGUAGUGGGUGAUAUCGCAAAUCCUGGUGGCGAUACGGGACAUAAUGCAACAGUUGACAGUGGUACCGGUGGCGCAAUCGAAGUACUUUAUACUUAUAGAGCACCGACGAAUAACAUUAAUUACACUGUUGGUCCAGAACAAAAUUUUACCGGUCCUACUCUUCAACCAUCCGACCCUUCAUCCACGGUCCUGAUUGUUGGAACUCUCACACAAUCUCCACUCAUCACCCAAUUAAUCUCAUCAGGUCUCAUAGAUCCAAAUCCGAUUAGAGGAAAAUGGGAAGCAUUCAUGUCGGUCAUCAUUCAAAAUCCUCUACCUGGUAUUGAUAAAGCAAUGGUAAUCGUAGGGAGUGAUCUCCGAGGUACCAUAUAUGGACUUUAUGAUAUUAGUGAACAAGCAGGUGUUAGUCCUUGGUGGUGGUGGGCGGAUGUGCCGGUGAGAACAAAAGAUGGUGUUUGGGCAUUAAGUCCAAAUGCGACACAUCAUCAUGAAUCAAGAGCAGAAGGAGGUUCUGAACCGACGGGUCCACAUGCAAGCGGUAGGAUGCAGAUUUUAAAGAUUCAGGAUACGCCGAGUGUGAGAUAUAGAGGGUUCUUUUUGAAUGAUGAACAACCCGCUUUGACGAAUUGGAUUAAUGCGAAUUAUCCACAAGGAAAAUAUGGACCAGGAUUCAAUCAUUACUUCCACUCUCGUGUCUUUGAACUUUUAUUGAGAUUGAGAGCAAAUUAUUUCUGGCCCGCUCAAUGGAAUAGUAUGUUCAAUGUGGACGAUUAUGCCAAUCAACCAUUGGCAGAUGCUUAUGGAAUUGUGAUGGGAACAAGUCACACAGAACCAAUGACGCGUGCCACUAAAGAAUGGUCUACUUUUGGAGCGCAAUAUGGCGGUAAUGGCCAAUGGGAAUACGACACUAACAAUGCAUCCGUUGAUCCAUUCUUCAAAUACGGCGCUCAGCGUGCUGUUCCCUAUGUUGCAAAUACUUUGUUCACGAUGGCAAUGCGUGGAUCCGGCGAUACUGCUCUUUCCUUGACUCAAGCCGAGGCUAUUGCACUUCUAGGAGACGUGGUAACAAAACAAAGGCAAAUAUUUGGGGAAGUAUUCGAGGGAAGGAAUGUAACUGAAAUUCCCCAAAUGUGGUGUCUAUACAGUGAGGUUCAAGGGUAUUAUGAGGCGGGGAUGAAGGUUCCAGAUGAUAUCACCUUGUUGUGGGCGGAUGAUAAUUUUGGGAAUGUGAGAAGGUUGCCAUUGGCUAAUGAGACGAGUAGGACUGGUGGUGCUGGUGUUUAUUAUCACGUGGAUUAUGUUGGGUCACCUCGAGAUUAUAAAUGGAUUAAUACUAUUCAGCUUGAGAAGACUGUCGAGCAGAUGCAACUUGCUUCUGCCCGUCAAGCAAACAGAAUUUGGAUGCUCAACGUUGGUGAUCUUAAACCCCUUGAGAUUCCUAUUAAUCACUUCAUGGAUCUCGCCUACGACACAUCUAAAUGGGGCUAUGAUUCUGUUCCUCAAUGGCUCGAAUUAUGGGCUACGCGAGAGUUUGGUCCUGAAUACGCUUCCAAUAUCUCAAGCAUCAUGGAUACAUAUGGCAUGAUGGCGGCAAGGCGAAAAUACGAAAAUAUUGAUAUGACAGUCUAUUCAGUGAUCAAUUACAAUGAAGCAGAUGCCAUCCUCGCCCAAUGGGAACAAUUGGCUCAAGAGGCUCAAGCAAUUUAUGAUAAGUUAGGAGAAGAUUGGAAACCAGCUUAUUAUGAGAUGAUUUUACAACCAGUACUUGGAGGACAAGUUGUCAAUCAAAUACAUAUUGGUGCCGGGAAGAAUGCGCAUUAUACCGAGCAGAAGAGAAAUGCUGCGAAUGAGAUUUAUCAGCAGGUAUUGGAUGCUUUUAAAAUGGAUCAUAAAUUGACGCAGAGAUAUCAUGAUUUACUUGGUGGGAAGUGGAAUCAUUUCUUAGACCAAACCCAUCUUGGAUACGAUUACUGGCAACAACCAAUGCGCAAUGCUCUUCCUCCUAUGUCAUAUGUUCAAGAUCUCGAAACUUCUCUUGCAGGAAAUCUAGGUGUCGGAAUCGAAGGAUCAAAUGCCACAGUAUCUGGAGAUGACAAUUAUCACACACUUUCCUCAGAAGUACUUACUCUACCUCCUAUGGAUCCAUAUGGACCACAAACACGUUAUGUCGAUAUCUUUGCUCGCGGACUUCUCGGUUGUAGCUGGACUAUUAAUGCUUCUCAACCAUAUGUUCAUUUCUCCCAAAGCACAGGUAUAACCGGCGGAUCAAAUGGAACUGAUACACGCAUCUACGUAUCCAUCGACUGGUCAUCCACACCACCAGCUCCAAACAGCACAAUCGUAACCCUCCUCAUAACCUCCUCUUGCGAAAACGGUCAAUGGGGAAACUACGGACCACCAUCCGUUCUCCUCCCCGUAAACCACACCCUCGUCCCCACAAACUUCACCAACGGCUUCGUAGAAACCGACCGUCACAUCUCCAUCGAAGCAGAUCACACCUCCUACUCCACAUCCGUAAACGAAAUAUCCUACAUCACACUCCCCGGACUCGGUCGUACCAACAGCGGCGUAACUCUUUCCCCCGUCCUAGCACCCACUCAAAAUACCACCAGCGGUCCUUACCUCCUCUACAAUCUCUACACAUUCACCGCUGUCCCCAUCACAAAUAUCACCCUUUUUAUCUCUCCAUCAUUAAACCAAAAUGGUAGAGAAAGAACUCUUAAAUAUGCAAUAGCGAUGGAUGAUGAAGUUCCUCAGAUAAGACAAUUUGUCCCAAGUAGUGUUAGUACGGCUAUUUUUCCGACAGGGUGGGCUGGAGCGGUCGUAGAUGGUGUUUGGGGACAGAGUAGUGGGAAUACUACUACGACUAGUCAUGGGGCGUUUAAGGUUACUGGGAAACAUACUUUGAAGAUUUGGGCGAUUGAACCGGGGGUGGUUUUUCAGAAGAUAAUAAUCGAUAUGGGCGGUGUACGUCAGAGUUUUCUUGGACCACCGGAAAGUUUUCGCAUUGGAGGGAGUGAAGAGAUUGGAAAGGGGAAGACGAAUUUUGCGGGGGUGGAUGUGAGGAGGUGGGCUGGGGGUGUUGUUUAG